AUGGCAGAGCAGAGUGCGCAAGAUGUGGUAAACCAAACUCGGUCGGUCGGCGACGCAUCGCCUUCCGACGCACCUGCGACCACAUCUACACCUGAUAUCAAAGUUUUGGGGGACGAGAAUAGUGCUGUGGAGGCUGCGCUGAAGGAGAAUGGAGUCCAUACACUGUCGACCGUUAAGAUGGAAGAGCUCGAUGAUACCGCCUCAGCUCGCUCUGACACAGAUACUAGCCGUGCCGAUGGUAGUGUCUCUGGUGACAAGGUUGCCGAAUCCAAGCCUCUCAAAAAGCUGGCAGCAAAACCCGUCAGCUUUGCAAAGUACUCGGUGCCUAAAGUCAUCGCUGCAAGCGCCGCGGCCAAAGGCAGCGACAAAGGUAAUCUGCGCAACCGCUUCCCUGCGCUUCCGACUGACAUGAGUCCAGCUGCGACGCCGAAUUCGUUAGCUUCGUCGCUCUCCCAGGCCGGACGUCCACGGUUAGUCGCCAAAACUACGAGUGCACUGCAAUCCCAGUCGAAGCCUUAUAAGACCGCUACCCCUGACCCUAUGCAAGUUUGGAACAAAAACAGAGUAACACCACAAACCUCGACGAAACAUUUGACCGACGAAGAGCUUAAGCAGCAAUACGGCAUCCAUCUAACAUCGCGCAUCCAAGCGGACGGCGACGGGAAAGAGGCGAAAUGGGCGGAUAUCGACGAUGACGAGGACGACUGGGCCCCGGAAACUAUUGAAUGGAAUGAUGGCACCAAGAGCACCCUGACCCCCGCCGAGGUCGCUGCACCACAAGCGAUGCAACAACCACUGACGCCUUCCGAAACGGCGGAGAAGCCAAAGCCUGCAGCUCCUCCAAAGAUCCUGACUCCACAUUUUUCCAGCUCAGUCGGCCCAAAUGCCACUGUCCUCAAGCUUGGUGCAAGCGUGGAAAGACAGCAGGCACACAAAACUUCAAAUCUCCAAAGUAAAGGCUCGUCUGAGAAGCCGUCCUUGGUGUCUUCGAAGACAGCUCUUACUCCUACGCCGGCAAAAUCCCCGUGGGCGCCGUUGCCUCCGGUGGACAAGGUUUCGCCGGUAGCCAUCCAUCCGCAAAUGUCGAUGCCCCCGCCCAACCGCUUGCCUCCUGGCCACCUGCACACCCAAGGACCACCACCUGUGGCAGCCCCAUCUUCGGCCAAGGAGAUCUCGGCGGAUGAUUUCAAUCGGUCCUGGCGCGAUACACAACCAGGCCAAACUCGUGAGCUUUACAUGCCAAAUUCUGGACGCUAUGAAGCAGUACCUGAGAGUCGAAGACGCAUGUCUCGGAACGACCAGAAUUUCAGAGCACCUGCCGUUCUACAACGACCAAACCAAGCUGACAGCCACAUCCCGGCUGAGCCAUCCGCUGCAUUUCAGACACAUCGCACAAGUACGGAUCAAGCGCGGCGGAGAGCGUCUUCGACACUCUCUGGGGGAAGUGGUCAAUAUGGCCGACGGAUGUCAAUCAAAUCUGGCGAGAUGGCGCCUCCAGUCUUCGAAUCACACACCCAUGAUGAGGAUACAGCCAUCCGACCACCUUCCAGAGAUGGGCCACCGACAUAUCAAGCUCACAGCACAACUGAGUCUGUUUCGGCUGGGCCCCUUUCGGCGAAUGAUCCCGAUUUCGAGGUCCAGCGCGCCCAGCAAAAAGCUCUCAUGAAAGAAAAGAUUGAACUGGCUAGAAGACGCAAGGUAGAAGAGGAGCAGCGGUUGGAGGCAGAGAAGCAAGAACGCAUACGGCUGAAGUUGGCCUCUCUCGGGCUCGACCCCAACGUGGCUAGAAGGAAAUCAGAGGUGACGGCACAGGAUACCGAAGAGAAGAAAGACGGCGAACAAUCUGUAGCUCCCUCAGCUUCCACCACCGGCGCCGCUACUACUACCACACAUUCACCACCGAAGCCCCCUCAGCCGCUUGCGUCUGGUGAACCGCAACAGUACGGCAUGAUGAAAGUCCACCCCUUGGAUUCCGUCAAAAAGUUGGGCUCUUCCAUGCCUCGUCCCAUCGAGCCUCAGCGAGUGCCUGCGCGAGUUAAGGUUGAAUCCAGCUCAGAAGAAUUCCGAUCAGAGCCAUCUCAGGUUGUUUCACCCGUCAUGAACGGUGUGCGAGCAGGGCCGGAGUUGCGACGAACAAGCGGUCAGGAAUCGGCCGGUGCCGCCGAACCGAGUCCAAAACUGCCCAAGCCGAGCUCGGUGACAAGCGACGCAAGAAGCGGUUGGGGAGACGUGCGCCACGAUCAUCGUCCACCGCAAUCAGGUAAUCUUUGGGGGUUGCCAAAUAACAAAUCCCUCGGGAAUGGUACUUUUGACCAGGGUCUCGCAGGUUAUGCUCCGCAGGACCUUUCACGGACCUCAUCCACGGCGCAAGGCUGGAUGAAUAACAGAACCCCUCACGGGGGUCGAUCGCCGCAGCCAGAAUACGCGACUCACGCUCUUCCAGACAGCAGAUCGUUGCCAUAUCACCCGGUCACCUCUCCGGAUCAGGGCCCACUUGCAGCUGACAGUGAAAUCGACUCUCUAUUGCCAACCACCAAACCUGCACCCAUCGCUCCACCGCAGCCUCAACCAGGCCACCCGGCAGAGAACAGUUACCAGAACAAUACGCGGGCGCACGGGGUCGACGCUUGGAGCAACUUCCAUCAAGUGGCUAGUCAACAGGAGCGUGCGGAAAAUGAGCGGCUCCAACGAGAAAUGGCAGCUCGGCGUGAAGAAGAGCUGCGAACAGGGAUCCGGCAGGGGCCUCAGUAUGUUUUCAACGAGACGUGGAAGCAAGUGCAGGUUGGCGAAUCUGCCGACCAACGACAGGUUGCAAACAUCUCCCAAUCGGCCGUGCCAGCAUCGCAUGCCUUUGGAGCGGUGGGAUCUUUGCCUGGCGGAGACAUAGGUCCCAGAGCAAUAGCCGGGCCUUCAGGCCGCGGGUCCAGAUUCUUCCCACAUCAUGCCGGAGGCCAUCCCCCUCUGGAUCGACGGGCGUUCACGUACAGCCAUCCGGAGCCGCCACGGACGCCGUCCCCCCCUCCGGCGGAAGAGUAUACUCUGCACCCUGCAUUUGAUGGCAUUUCGGCGAAGCCUGUUGUACAUUUCCCGCGAGAAAAGGCGGUGGUCAAGCUACCGCCAAUCAUGCCACCGACGCCACCGAGUCCCGCGCGAUCUCCAGUCGCCCCUGAGGCAGAUACUCCAAUGACCUGGGCGGCGAGAAUAUCCAUGCCGCCCACAGCCUCCCAGCCAGGGCUUCGUACAGUUUCCACGCCACUUGGGCAUAACCCUUCUUGGCAAGAACGAUUUAAUGGAUUGUUAGGGAAGAAGGCUUCUCCUGCCAGGGACAUGGGUCAGCCUGUCGACGCAGUCCUUGCGGUUGCAUCAUCAACACGAGAGCCUUUGGAGCCCCACCAUACUUUCCGAUCCACUGCGUCGGUCUCUCUUCCAACCCAUACAGCGCUCGAAGUUCGGGUAGAAGACGGUUUCUUUGCCACGACCAAGGAUGUUGAGAGCGAAGAUGAUCUAUUCGAAGACAGAGAACCCGGCUCGUUGCCGGCCAUCCACUUCCCCCAGGAGACUCCCAUGUUAUUGCCAUGGGCCCCGUCCUUGGCCACGAGACCGCCGCCAUCAGCAGUGGAGCCCUCGUCGUGUCAGCCUUACAUGGUUAGCAACCUGUACGAACGCAGUGGCCCUCCAAAAGCCCAGUACGCGCUUAUCCGGCUGCCUGGAUCUACCAGGAACAUCAAGAAGGACAUUCCCGUCAAGGGAGUAGCAGGCAGCAACGCCGGCAGGCAGCGAUUCAACAGCGGUGCCCCACACUCGUCUGGUUCUUACGGCGGGAAGAACUCUAGAAACAGAGGUGGUGUGCGAUCUCGACAUGUGUCCAAAGCACAAGCACACUGA